GCCCGUGCACCACAACCCCAAACAAGAGAAAAAGAGUGGAGAUCAACAAUAUUUUGAGCUCGUCUGGUCUUUUUGGUGCGCGCUCGUUUUCCCAGCAACAGGAAUUUUUCAAAAAAUACGGUUGAGUUUGACGAGCCAGACAGAGUUGUGGACUUGAGCCUCUCCCCAGAAAGCCGAAGUGCGACCCAAGGGAGAAAAAAAAAAAGCAGAGAAAAAAGAUCCGAAGCUCGAGCCAACAACGGGACCACAGUCCAAGUUUUUCCAACCCUGCCACUCGCUGGGCCCCAUCAAGAACCACACAACUUCUGCCCGCAUCUCGCAUCCUCGUAGGGCCAACACCACCCGGAAACCUAACCACCUGCUUUGUGCACUUGAAUCUCUCUCCCUGACAUGUCCAGAUAGGCGUGUCAUCCACCCCAAAGUCAUCUACUGAGUGUCGCAAACUUCGGUAGGCCUUUCUCGAAAGGCGAAUUGAGCCGGCGCCGUCAAGAUGACUGCCGUAGAGUCCAAGAACAUUUAUGCCCUCCUCGGCAAUGAUGAGGAGGACUCGGACACUCCCAAGGCGCCCGUGAAGACGGUCGACAAGACGUCGACCCACACGAACAAGCGCAAUGCUGGCGACGAGCGUCCCCGCGGCAACGCCGCUCCUGCUGGUGGCCCCCGCCGUGGCCCGGGUGGCAGCGAGGGAGCUUUCCGCGACCGCAACGCCGGAUCUGACCGUAACCGAAGCAAGCCCACCGAUGACGCCUCUGGUCGUGGUGGUCGCGGCGGCCGUGGCCGUGGAGGCCGUGGUGCGCGCUUCCCUCGCGAGCGUGAUGACCGCCACGCCAAGAACCUUCCUACCGGCGGUUCGGAGAAGCAAGCUGCCCAGUCCUGGGGCGCCACCGAGGGCGAGGCUGAGCUGAAGGACGAGCAGGCCGGCGAGGCCGAGGCUCAAAAGGAGCAUGAUGCCGACGCGGCUGCUGACGACAACGAGCCUCCCGUUGAGGAGGACAAGAGCGUCUCUUACGCCGACUAUCUCGCCCAGCUUGCCGAGAAGAAGCUUGCCCUGGAGGGCGAUCUCAAGGUCCGCAAGCCCAACGAGGGUGCGAAGCUCAAGAAGGAGUGGGUCGCUGCGAAGCCUCUUGUCAAGGAUGAGACGGAGGACUUCAUCGCCGGAUCCGGAGGCAAGGCCAAGAGGGAGCGUGAGCGCAAGGUCAAGCAGGUCGUCGAUAUCGACCAGCGUUUCGUCGAGGCGCAGGACCGCCCCCGCGGUGGUGGUGGCCGUGGCGGCCCCCGUGGCGGCGCUCGCGGUGACUUCCGUGGCCGUGGUCGCGGCGAGAGUCGUGGACGUGGUGGUGGCGAGUUCCGCGGUGGCGGCGAGUUCCGUGGUGGCCGUGGCGGUCCCCGUGGCGGCGCUGGCCAGCCCAUCAACACGAGCGACACCUCUGCCUUUCCCAGCCUCGGCAGCUAAGCGACCAACGCUCGCCCAAAAAUCCGUCUUCUGUGGAGCGUGGGAAGGCGAGCCCAUGGAUCCUCUUGUCAACAUUGCUCUCCGUCUAAUCAACAUGAGGGGAGCGAGUCGGCGAAUGAGCAAGGCGGUACACACGUUCUGGAGAUGUUCUUCAGCUAAUGGCUGGUGGCUGGUGGCACAUGUUCUUUGUCCCUUGCGGUCGUAGAACCGGCCUGUGGGGAUGAUGAGCCCUGAACAAGUUCUAAACCCCGGCAACGUCCGGUAUCAGCCCUUUUCUCUCUUAUUUCUUUUGCCUUGUUUUUUUCCCUUGCGGCUGGUGUUUGUACAAGGCACUACAAAAACGGUUCCCGCUCGAUGAAUUUUCCCCAUAUGGUCUUUUCGAAUGCACAAAACAGUCUUCAAGCAUGGUCUCUUUUUCUCUCUGGCUCGGGCUUUCCCGAGAAACGGUAUGGAAAAUGGCUGUGGCCCCGGAUGGGGAGGAAGCCACGGGGAUUUUGGCCUUUUCCGACGUAUAGGGCCACAUAUCUUUUAUCAGCAUAUCUUAUACUGGUAAUCAGGCUCGUGGUUCUGGAGGCUAUACGACUAGAUCGAUAGGUACUCGGUUCUGCUCCUGUCAGUGUGUGGCCCUGGUGGAAAUAGCUACUACUCAUAUCAAGAUAUUGAACGGUGUCAACGACA